AGAGAGAGUAUAGCAAAGGAGAGGUCAGGAAAUUUUGAGAAAUCCACAAAAUCACAAACAGGAACCUCUUUUCAUUUCUCACUACCCACAAGCUAUGGCGCCAAGGUCAAGCAGAGCAAAAGGAAACAAGACCAAAUCCGACAAGAAGAAGAAAGAAGAAAAAGUUGUUCCUAGUGUUAUUGACAUAACAAUUGUCACUCCUUAUGAAACUCAAGUUAUACUCAAGGGCGUUUCCACGGACAAAAUCCUCGACGUCAAGAAAUUAUUAGCUGUUCAUGUCGAUACUUGUCAUCUUACAAAUUACUCUCUCUCACAUGAGGUUAAAGGAGCAAAACUGAAUGACAGAUUGGAUUUGGUUUCUUUGAAGCCAUGUUUGAUGAAGAUGGUUGAAGAGGACUACACUGACGAGGCCCAAGCGGUGGCCCACGUGCGGAGGUUACUGGACAUUGUAGCAACCACCACACGCUUCGCAAAGCCCAAGACCGGAAAAGCCACCGCCGGCGCCGGAGGAUCCAAAAAAAGCAGAUCUCAAAAUGUGCCGCUUUCACCGCCAUCUGACGGACCGGAAACCGUUCAAAAUGCCGGCUCAUCUGAACCGGACACAACCGCCGCUGCAACGUCUCCGGAGCCGGAAAAUCUCGAUAUGGCAGCUAUUCAACCGGUUCCGAAACUCUCAGAUUUCUACGAGUUCUUCUCGUUUUCAAAUCUGUCUCCUCCUGUCUUACAUCUGAAACGAAUUGACCGCCAGGAUGCACAGGAGCAGCGUGAGGGCGAUUACUUCGAAAUGCAGGUUAAGAUAUGCAAUGGAAAGUUAUUUCAAGUAGUUGCAUCUACAAAGGGAUUUUACACCUUGGGAAAGCAGUUUUUGCAAAGCCAUUCCCUGGUGGAUCUUCUUCAACAGCUCAGCCAAGCUUUUGCUAAUGCGUAUGAGUCAUUGAUGAAAGCCUUUGUUGAACAUAAUAAGUUUGGUAAUCUUCCAUAUGGUUUUCGGGCAAACACUUGGCUAGUUCCUCCAUCCAUUUUAGACUCGGGAUCAAACUUCCAGCCACUUCCGUUGGAAGACGAGAACUGGGGCGGCGAUGGUGGAGGCCAAGGGCGAAAUGGUCAACAUGACCGUCGACCAUGGGCCACAGAGUUUGCGAUAUUGGUCAGCCUACCUUGCAAAACUGAGGAAGAAAGGGUUGUUCGUGACCGAAAGGCGUUCUUGCUUCAUAGUUUGUUUGUUGAUGUCUCGAUUUUCAAAGCUGUUGCAACCAUAUGCAAAGUCAGAGAUUCUGGUGCAAUAUCCAACGGUCCUCCUGGAUCGAUCAUGUGUGAGGAACGUAUUGGGGACUUGUCUAUUACCGUGAGGCGAGAUGCAGCUGAUGCAAGCGCAAAAUCGGAAGUUAAGGUUAUCGGGAUCGGAUCUUCUACUAUGUCUUCUGAGGAAGUUGCUUUAAGGAAUUUACUUAAAGGAGUAACAGCAGACGAGAGUGCAGUUGUCCAUGACACUAGCUCGAUGGGUACGGUAUUUGUAAGACAUUGUGGAUAUACAGCAACCGUAAAGAUUGUUGGUGACAUCAAAAAGUCGAAGUUCAUGUCACAAGAUAUUGUGAUUGAUGAUCAGCCUGAAGGUGGAGCUAAUGCACUUAACAUUAAUAGCUUACGAGCUCUACUUCCAAACUCUAAAAAUGCGGAAUUAUCAGAAUCCCAGUCACCUAAGUCCGAACAGGGCGAUAUCGAAUCUUUUAGGUGUCUGGUUAGACGAGUAAUAAAAGAAAGUUUGACCAACCUCGAGAAGUCAACAGAUUCUGUUAAGCCUAUUAGAUGGGAAUUGGGCUCGUGUUGGGUUCAGCAUUUGCAAAAGCAGGAAGCACCAUCAGGAGAUAACACAGAAAAGACAAAUGAAGAUAAAGCGGAAGCGGUGGUUAAAGGGUUAGGCAAACAAUUUAAAAUGCUGAAAAAGCGAGAGAAGAAGGAAAGUGACAUUGACUGCUCAGAUGAUGCAGAAGAAAGCAAUUUAGGUCAUGAAGAGUCAAACAUUGACUCCGAGUUGAAGAAUUUGGUUUCAGAAGAAGCCUUCUUACGGUUAAAAGAAAGUGGAACUGGUCUUCACUUGAAGUCAAAAGAUGAGCUUAUUGAGAUGGCACACAGUUAUUACGAUGAAGUCGCAUUACCCAAACUGGUAACAGACUUUGGAUCACUUGAACUUUCUCCGGUUGAUGGGCGCACACUCACUGAUUUCAUGCAUUUAAGAGGGUUGCAAAUGCGCUCAUUGGGGCGUGUGGUUGAGCUUGCUGAGAAGCUUCCGCAUAUACGAUCUCUAUGUAUUCAUGAAAUGGUGACACGUGCCUUCAAGCAUAUACUCGAAGCUGUUAUUGCUUCCGUCGAAAACUUUACCGAGUUGUCAACAACGAUAGUUUCAACGUUAAAUUUCUUGUUUGGGGACACCAAAAAUCAAGAAUUUCUUGAAGAUCAAAGUCUUAAGUUACAAUGGUUACAGUCUUUUCUAGCUAAAAGAUAUGAUUGGAAGAUAAAAGAUGAAUACCAACACUUGAGGAAGAUAUCUAUCCUCAGAGGAUUGUGUCACAAGAUUGGCUUAGAAUUGGCUUCAAGAGACUAUGAUAUGGAUAGUCCAAAUCCGUUUAGGAGUUCCGAUAUUAUCAGCAUGGUUCCCGUCUGCAAGCAUGUACUAUGUUCCUCUGCUGACGGGCGGACACUACUCGAGUCAUCGAAAAUUGCUUUGGAUAAGGGAAAAUUAGAAGACGCGGUUAACUAUGGAACCAAGGCUCUUGCAAAGAUGAUAGCUGUAUGUGGUCCGUACCACCGAACCACUGCUAGUGCGUACAGUCUUCUUGCGGUAGUUCUUUACCACACUGGUGACUUUAAUCAGGCAACCAUUUAUCAACAACGGGCUUUGGAUAUAAACGAGAGAGAACUUGGACUUGACCAUCCCGAUACGAUGAAAAGCUAUGGGGAUCUUUCGGUCUUUUACUAUCGUCUCCAGCACAUUGAACUCGCACUCAAAUAUGUGAACCGUGCUCUGUUCCUUCUGUAUUUCACGUGUGGACUCUCUCACCCUAACACGGCUGCAACGUAUAUCAAUGUGGCUAUGAUGGAAGAAGGGAUGGGAAAUGUCCAUGUUGCCCUCAGAUACCUUCAUGAAGCCUUAAAAUGCAACCAAAGAUUACUAGGAGCCGAUCACAUACAGACUGCUGCUAGCUACCAUGCAAUAGCUAUAGCUCUGUCACUGAUGGAAGCUUAUUCACUGAGUGUGCAACACGAGCAAACGACGUUACAAAUUCUUCAAGCAAAAUUGGGGUUAGAGGACCUUCGUACUCAGGAUGCUGCUGCAUGGCUUGAAUAUUUUGAAUCAAAAGCUUUAGAACAGCAAGAAGCAGCAAGAAACGGAACUCCGAAACCGGAUGCAUCUAUUGCCAGCAAGGGUCACCUUAGUGUAUCAGAUCUACUUGAUUUCAUAAGUCCAGAUCAGGAUUCCAAGGGAGAUUCACAGAGGAAACGUCGUGCAAAGGCAUCACCAGUUGGUGAGAAGUCGAAUGAACUCCCAACUGAUGCACGGAAUGAUGAAAUGAUGGUUAAUGAUCCUGUUGAGACCGUUGUAACAAAAGCAGAAUCUACUGUUAAAGAGGAUGUAACAGUACAAGAGGUGGUUGUUCAAAAGGUGAUGAAGGGUCAUAAUAGUCAUAACACCACUAAACAAGAAAAAAUAGUCACAGAAGAAGUUCAAGAAACAAUCUCCGAUGAGGGAUGGCAAGAAGCUAACCCAAAGGUGCGGUCAGGAACCGGUGGUCCGAAAAAGUUUAACCGAAGGCGACCCGAGCUGACCCGACUACAUAUUAACGGUUCUGAAAAAUCUAACAAAGGCCAGAAAGUCACAACACCAACACCAACACCAAGACCUAGUUCGACUGAGUUGACUCAGUCAAAGCAUUCAAAGUCAAGUUUGACCAGUGGUGAUGAGUUGACUAAGCUUCCCGUGAAGACUUCGGUCUCUAGAAUCUCUCCAAGGGUUUCCCCAACUGCAGCAACUCUUAGUGCCAUGGCUUCGAAAUCUGUGUCGUACAAAGAAGUUGCAUUGGCCCCACCAGGUACAGUUUUAAAACCGUUACUCGAGAAAAUAGAGGAAGUUGUGGAGGAAAAUAAGGUAAAAAGCGAUGAACUCGAUGGUUCUAAUGAUGCAUUAGAGGAAGUCAAAAUUGAAGAAGCUGAUGUAGAUGAAAAAAUACCAGAGGAUGAAGUUAUAAAGGAAGUCGAUAUAGUUCACGAGCGUGAGUCAAAAUCAGAAGAAGAAAUUGAAGAUUCCGAAUCGAGAAUCAACAAAUCCGAAAGCAAACUUUCCGCUUCGGCUCAGCCGUUCAGCCCAGGUCAACCUUUGACUCGUCCUCUGACUACAAACGUGUAUGAUGUUAUAGCUAGUCAAGGCAUGUUAGCCGAGCCAGUUGGGUUUCCGCCAAUCGCGGCCCGUGUCCCGUGUGGACCCAGAUCACCUUUAUACUACCGGAUGACCCAAUCUUUCCGGAUGAAAAACGGCUUCUUGAAGUAUCAAAUACCCGGUAGUGGGUUCGGUAACAGCCCGAGAAUCAUGAAUCCACAUGCACCCGAAUUCGUCCCAAAACGAACUUGGCAAGGCUCAGAGGGUGCAACUAGCGAGAAAACUGAAGGUGACGGGUCAAGAAAAACCAGCUCGGAUGCCGAAAAGGCGGAGCUCGCUAGACAGAUUUUACUCAGUUUUAUUGUGAAGUCGGUCCAUGAUAACUCAGAGACCCAACCGAAGUCCGAGACAAGUUCGGGUAAUGAUAAACGGGCUGAAUAUGGUGACGGGUCAACCGAAGCAGUUGCGAAAGACAGUGCGGUUAUAAAGAUUCUUUACGGAAACGAAGGACAACAAGAGACGAACAACCCGGAAAAUAACAAGGAUGGAGACGGUGAAGGGUUUGUGAUGGUGACGAAAAGAAGACGAAAUAAGCAACAGUUUACGAGUGGGGUAAGUGGGUUAUAUAACCACAAUCAACAACAAUCUGUAGUGUCUACUUCGGUACGAUGAAGAGAAGUGGUUUAAGUGUGGAUGGAAACAAUGGGGGAUAAGAUUAAGUGCAAGUUUAAGUUUAAGAAGGGGUGUUAUUUUUUUUGUAACAUAAUGCAGAGGCUGAUGUGGUUGUUAUUGUUGUUCCUCUUCAUGUAAGAGGUUUUGUAUUAGCUAAUAAUGAAACAUAUGCCAGAGGUUUUUGCCUUUAAAAUAAUAAGUAUUUGGCUUUUAACUUU